AUGUUAGAAGGAGAAUAUAGGUUGCCUCUUGUGUGGAUUGACUUGGAAAUGACAGGAUUGAAUAUUGAAGUAGAUAGAAUACUGGAGAUUGCUUGUGUGAUCACAGAUGGGAAGCUUACCAAAUCUGUAGAGGGUCCUGACUUGGUUAUACAUCAAACAAAAGAGUGUCUUGAAAAGAUGGGCGAAUGGUGUCAAGAUCAUCAUGCUGCAAGUGGUUUGACUGAAAAGGUGAUCCAAAGUUCCAUCAGUGAAAAAGAAGCUGAACAACAGGUAAUCUAA